AUGGCCGACACUCUCAAGGGGACUACUAUACAGGAUAUCCCAGCAACAGCAAUCAAUGAGUGCGAUUCUACCGAGGAUAGAGAAGUAGGAGGAGAUGCCGUGGCAGAUGCAAAGGUCGAGAAGGUCUAUAAAAAACUUGAUCGCCGAAUAGUACCCGGUACGACGAUUUCUUAA